UACUCACUCGUUGCAUAGGCGGCUUCACUCAAAACAGUAAUGAGAGUUUCAACGCUACAGUAUGCUUGAUGGCCCCGAAAGUGGCAAAAAUGUACUUGACACAGCUGUAUAUAUUGCUGCAGGUACUUAUAAUGAUGGCCUCACAAGUGCCAUGAGAGUCAUGCAGAACAUAGGCAUCAAAAUUGGGCCGAACUGCUACAAUUACUGUCAAGAGACUGAUCAAAACCGCAUUAAAUUAUCCGAUCGUUCGCUCUCAGAUGCUGCAAGAAGGUCUCGAAUCGAACAGAAGGCAUCCAGAAAGGAAGAAGAUGAGUUUUACGUGUCCAUGGAAGGUGAAAUGUACGGCGCAGGUAUCGCAGACUGAAGGUAUAACAAAAUUUUCAGCACGUAAAACUUUAAACGCGUUUUUCUCGAAACUGCAUUUUUCAAAUCGGGCGACGAUGGUACUCGGAGACUAUCGCACGUAUCCACUUGAAAU